AUGUUAAAAGAUGACAUGAAAAUCCGCUUUGAAGAUUUAGAAAAUUUAAAAUUUUUUGAUUGGUAUAUAAAUCCAUUUGAAACUGAAAACGUUAAUUUAUCUCAAGAAAUAACAGAAAAUUUAUUAAAUCUGAAAUAUGACUUUGAAGCUAAAGUCAUUUUCAACAAAUAUGGAUAUCAACAAUUCUGGGUUACUCAUAGAAAAAAAUAUCCUUUAUUGUGGAAUGAAAUUGAAACACUUAUAAUAGCAUUUCCUUCAACAUAUCUAGUUGAAAGAGGAUUUAGUGCAGUCUCUAAUAUUUUGACCAAAAAAAGAAAUAAAUUACAAAUUGUGAAUAGAGGAGAUUUGAGACUAAGUCUGUCGACUAUUGAAGCUGACAUAAAACGAUUGACAAUUCCCAUCAAGCACAGGCAAACAUGCGGACUUUUUGAUUCGGCAAUUUCAGGCUUAGCAGUAAAACAAUUCAGACCAGAACAUCAAGCAAAUCAAUAUCUCUCUAAAUUACAGCAUGCAGGUGGAAGCUAUUCUGAUAGAUCGGAUGGAUUUGAAGACACGGCAAACACCGCUAUGGAGGACUAUUUUGAAGCUGAGGGACCUCGUUUCCGUGGACGCCCAAGAAAUACUCUCCCAGUUACAGAGAUCUUCGGAACAAAAAUUGAUGAGCUAAACUCGAAACAAAUAAUCUCAGAACUCUAUCAAAUUUGGAAUUCAAUUGGACUUCCCCAAGCCGAACAAAAUAAAAGAUUGUCUCGAUUAUUUGCCCAUCUAAAAGCACGACUAGUUCUGAUUGUCGAAAACGAAAACGAUCAAAAGACCAACUUCCUGAAUAACAUGUCAGAGAUGAGAUCUAUGGCAGAGACCCUCGCCAGAGAUCUGAAUAUAGACUUUGAUUACACAGAGGACCCAGAAUCAAAGAUAUACGAACAAUCCCAGCACAUCCACGAAUACUACGAGCGACUGAAAACAGAAAGAGACCACCGACUGUCCAACUUUCACAAAAUAAACGAAAAACAUCUAAAAUACACCGAAAUCCUCCAAAGAGAACAAUUCCGUGAAUAUUCAGGCGGAAUUCCGUCAGUUGAGUACAUCAACGACCUCCAGGCCUUUGUGGACGAGUUGUCCCUUCAAGUAGAGACCAAUGAGACGAUAUACCAGUCUUAUCUCCAAAAAAUAUGUGAAUUUGUCAACAAACUUGAAGAUGUGUCACUUCCUGAGUUUUUUGUUGAAAAUCCGCCGGUUUUGUCGUCCCAAUUCCUCAGAAAGUGUCUGGAAAGUCUGCAGAGUUUUGAAGAGGAGGUUUUGUCGAGAAAAGAGAGGAUUCAAGACCUUAUUUCUGCAUGUUGGGACCUCAAUUGGAAGUUAGAAUUGGCUGGAUGUGGCGUGGAAAAUAUUUCUAUCGAUGUGGAAGGAAAAGUGUCUCAGAAUAUUAUUUUUCGGCUGUCUGGAUUAUUAGAAAGGUUGAAGUGUCGGUUGGAAAGUCAGAAAGAACGUGUUUUUGAGACAAUUCUCUCAGAAUCGGAUGAUUUGGUGAAGCUUUUUGAGAUUGAGGAGUACUACACAGUCGGGGACAUUCAAAAAAGUGAUGAAAUAGAUCUUCUUCUUGAUAAAUUGGCACGUGUCAAACAGAUAAAGGAAAAUGCUACGAGUUUGGCUGGACUUGUUAAUAAAUGGAAGACGAAUUGGGAAGAAUUUAUCCUAAUUGAUGAAAGAUCUACCGACCCUGAUCGUUUAAAGAACAGAGGGGGCAUUUUGCUGAAGGAACAAGCUCAGACUAAUAAGAUUCAGAAGGAAUUGUCUCGAUUGGAAGCCAAGAUUUUGUCGUAUUCGAUCGAGGACAUUUCUGAUUCUUAUUUAAUUGCGUUUGUGGAGGGUCAGAAGACGAAUUUCCGUGAUUUUGUGGAAAAUGAGCGGAUUCUUCUGGAGGAGACAAGGAAGAGUCAUAUUGGAUUUGGACAAAGAACCAGAAAAUAUUUUUUGAGUCAAGAUAAACGCAAAGAUUCAGUGAUCGACCUCAGCAGGUACGUCGACAAAUCAGUCCGAAUUAAAUUCACAUUAGGCCGGGAAGGUGGCAUUAAAUUAUAUUAUUUUUUAGUUACUGGGAUCUUAAAAGGCUACGACAAUGUCCUCAACCUGGUCUUGGAUGAUACUACCGAAUAUUUGAGGGACUUAGAGGACACUGGUCGGUUGACAGGAAAGGUCAGAAAGUUGGGUCUUGUUGUCUGUCGUGGGAAUGCAAUUGUGCUUAUUUGCCCUUCUGAUGGAUUCGAUGAGAUUGCCAACCCUUUUGUACAAAAUGAAUGA